AUGUUCCUGCUGCAUUACCUGAAUGACAACAUCAAAGCAUUCAAAAUUCUGGAAAAGCAGCUCUCUUCAGUCGGCUGCACGGUGGAGUUCAGUUUUGAGGAGGAGAAGGCUGUAGUUAAAGAGGACAUGGGGAAGGGGUCGGGAGGAUGCUCUGUAGAGAAAAUGGAGCAACAGCUGGCUUGGGUCUUCACCAGUCUCAUCGACACCUACCUCUGCUAUCAUGUGGUCGAACCAAAACAGGUGCAAAUGGUACUGCAGGACCCGUCCUUUAAGACAGAUGAUAUCAAAGUUUACACAGAGAGUGGCUAUGCUGUGGUUGUGGGAGAGGUUGAUGUUGUGAAGGAGAAGAUUGCAAGAAUGGAAAAAAGCCUACCCACCAUAAAAGAGCUGCCACUUGUAGAGAAAUUGUUCAAGCUCGUAGAAGAAGAGUUCAAUCGAGAAAUGUUCGCUAACUAUCCAGAUGUUAAAGUCAUCAGAGGUAGUGCCACAAUCACUUUGGAGGGCCCUGACACAGAUGUGCAGUCAGGAGCUGCAAAACUAGAUGAACUGAUUAAGAACAUAAAGGAAAAAAGAGUCAAGUUCCCCACAGCUCUGCUAACCUUCAUCAAAACCAGCGGAGCCAUCUCCAAAUACCAAGCUCGUUUCCAGCAGAGCCUCAGAAACCCUGUUUUCUUUGAGGUGGGUUCAGAUCUGGUUCUGUCCAGUUUGUCCUCUGAUGCUCUGAAUGAGGCCGAGGCAGCAGUGAUGAGAGAGCUCAAAGUGGAAAUUAUAGAACUGCAGGGAGCUGCAGCAGUACCUCCAGAUUUAGACAGAGUGAGGGAAAUCCUGAUGAAAGCGAAGAAAGAAGCAAACAUUAGUGAGCUCAGAGUGGAUGCGAGCUUCAUGCCAGGAGCCACUGGAACUGCAAUGACCAAAGUACGACUGGUGGGCUACAGUGAAGAUGUUAACAAGCUCAAUGAGGUCCUUCGUGACUUCCAGAUAAAUAAGGUUACAACUGAAGAAGAGGUGAAACUGCCACAUCCUGAACUGGUUGACUGCUUUGAUAAAGUAUUAGUCCUGAUCAGUAUGAAGGAGACUAUGGUGACCUUAAAAGCCUCACAUGUUCCACAUCCCUGUGUGCUCGUGAAGGGUCCUCGUUCUCUGGUUCAGAAAGUUCGGACAGACUUAGCCACGAGUCUAGCGCAGCUGUCAACUGAUACAGUGGUGUUAAAUGAACUGGCGGUGCAGUGGUACUUUCAGGGAGAUGGCAGACAAAACACAAAACUGGUGGAGAGAUCCUGUCAGGUCCUCAUCAGAGAAAAACAACAUCUUCAAACGCCCACGAGUGACCUUGCUGACAUCACCAUAACUCUGAAAGGCAGAGUUAAACUACAAGUGGUGUUUGGUGACAUCACUAAUGAGACUACAGAUGCUGUGGUGAACACAACGGACUUCAGAGACUUUCAGACAGAUGGAGUGUGCAAAGACAUCUUAAGAAAGGCUGGGCCUCAGGUUGAGAAUGCACUGAAAAACGGAAAAGUGAACAGUGAAGAGAUUUUGGAAACACCGCCUGGCAUGUUCCCUUGUAAAGCAAUUUUACACGUGUGUGGAAAAAAAGAUACAGCAGUCAUUGAGCAGCUGCUUCGUCGCAUCAUUCAACUUUGUGAGUCUUCUGGUUACAAGUCUUUAGCCGUUCCUGCCAUCUGUGCUGGAUCUGGUGGAUUGGACCCCGAUUCUGUGGCACAUGCCAUCCUCCAAGGGGUUAAGACUGCUGCCUCGUCCCAUCCUCUCCAGCGUCUCACCAACAUUCGCCUUGUACUCAACAAGCUCACUGUGUUCCUGGCAUUUAAAAAGAAAGCAAUGCAGAUGUUUCCCUUUACUGUGAUCAACUCAGUGUCAACUCAUGCCAAUAUCCAAGUAAUGAACGACCCAAGGAUCCCUCAUAUCAGCUCUACUGCCCAGCAGUCUGCUUUCUUGAUUGUAGGCCUGUGUGGAAAAAAUGUUGAUGAUGCCAUU